UAGAAAACCCUACCAACAAUCCACAACUUCACUGAUAACUUGACAUAACUACCAACAAACCAUAACUGUCACUCCAUACUUCCAAACACUACAAGCAAACAAGCUACGUAUGGAUGCCUUCAAUGACUACAAAAACUCCUAUCUAACACUCUCAUCUGAAAACCCUCCUCUAGGAUCCUCUUCGAACUCAAACGACACCAGAAGCACCGGUGGGGAUGCAGUUGCUGACUCAGAAGUGAAGCUGGCUUCACAAACCCCGAAGAAGAAAGCCGGAAGGAAGAAGUUUAGGGAGACUCGACACCCGGUUUACCGAGGAGUUAGAAUGCGGGAUAACGGGAAGUGGGUUUGUGAGGUGAGAGAGCCCAAUACGCAGUUCAGGGUGUGGUUAGGGACGCAUCCCACUGCUGUAAUGGCAGCUAGGGCACAUGACGUGGCUGCUUUGGCCUUCAGGGGGCGAUCGGCGUGUUUGAACUUUGCUGACUCUGUGUGGCGGCUGCCUGUCCCGACGUCUAACAAAAUAGAGGAUAUACAAAAGGCGGCUGCAGAAGCUGCGGAGGCUUUUAGAUAUACGGACACCGAGGAUGCAGUGGAGAAUGUGGAAACAAAUGAGUUGCCGGAAGUUCAGUCUUACGUUGAUGAAGAAGAGAUUUUCGAGAGUUCCGGAUUUUAUGCCAGCAUGGCCGAGGGACUGAUGGUGCCACCUCCUCCGAUGGUGGGGUAUGGCAACUAUGGCGAUAACAUGGACUUUUGUGAUGACGUGUCUUUAUGGAGUUUUUAGUGUUCGAUUGUGUGCUUUACAUAUCCUUUUUCUUAUUUAAGAUAUGUACUAUGUAGCCAGGUUGAUUGUGUUUUUCCGUUUAUGGCUUAAACCUUUUUUUUUUAGCCAGGGCAAUGGAUUCGUUAUAUGCAAUAUUUGCAUUGUAAAAUACAUCAUUUCGAAAUAAAACACUUCUUCCAUAA